AUGUCCGCCGACGCCUCGGCAUUGCACUCCCUGAACCAUCCGCCGGAGCAGUACCCUGCCUUCCCUCAGCCGGCGGUGUCGCCAAACAAUCCUAGGAAACGACGUGCUUCGGGCAACGCCGUGGGGCCUGCAACGGCAGCGACCUCUUCCACCAGCUACGCUGACCCCAUUGGGGUAGCGGGAGGAACCGCAGAGCUGGAGACACCGGCAGCGCCACCAGCGAAGAAGGGGAGGACGAACACACCCUGGACUCCAGCGGAGGAGCAGCGGUUAAAGACUAUGAGAGAUGCUGGCAGCACCUGGAGUGAGAUCGCAAAGACCUUUCCCACGAGGACCGAAGGAAGCGUGAAGAAGCAUUGGUACAAGGACAUGCACUACGCAGAGUUUGCCGAAGACGAGAGUGCCGCGCUGCUAGCUGCGAUCAAAGAUUAUGAAGCGAGCAAGUGGAAGGUAAUAGGACAAAAAGUGGGCAAGCCUGCAAAGGUAGACAUUCCUCGCCCGUGA